AUGCAGAUGAACUCCUACGCGGGUGGCUACAACACCCACAACCGAAGCUACGCGGCAAUGGUCCCGCCGCCGAUGCCGAUGCCUCCUGGCUGGGAGAUGGCGUACACUCCCAACGGCGAGAUCUAUUACAUUGACCACAAUACCCGUACUACGCACUGGCAACUGCCGGCGGAGUAUACCAUGCAGCAGCCCAUCUGCAGCUAUCGUGGCCCGCAGCGCCAGCGCCGCGGUAUCGACCGUAGCAAGGCCAAGACGAAGAUGUGCAUGAACAUUGAGAACGGCGGCACGUGCUCUUACGGGGCCAACUGCGCGUUUGCCCACUCCUCGGAGGAGCUGUCAACGCACCCUCACUUCAACCCCGCUCCGGACGUGGGCUACAGCGCGAAGUAG